AUGUUCUCGUUGCCGGUAUUCCCUCGAGAGGGUUGGAGACGUACCGGUGCUAUCAACGUUACGCUAGCCUAUAUAUACGGCCUCAUAUUGUUGAUUUGUUUCAUUGUUAGCAUGUCUCGUCCUGAUUCUUACUUCGACAAAGCAACCAUAAUAUUUGAAGGGGAUUGCACUAGAUCAAAAACAAUCAACCUCGUCCUCCAUCUAGUCCUUAACAUACUUUCAACCGCCAUCCUUGCGUCGUCAAAUUUCUUCAUGCAAGUACUGAGUUCACCCUCUCGUCAAGAAAUUGACAAAGCUCACUUAUGGCUCCGCUCAGUUGAUAUCGGAACUCCAUCUCUCAGCAAUUGGCGCCGAGUAUCUCCCUUCAAGUUCGCCGGUUGCCUUGUUCUCUUCAUUAGCUCCGUCCCCAUACAUUUGUUUUUCAACAGUACCAUCUACGAAACUAUCUGGGAGGAGUCCCAUUGGCACUUGGUAAUUACAACCAAAGCCUUCACUCAGAAUGCUACCUUCUAUCCACCAGGUGCAAGCCUCACGCCAGCUGGGUAUUUAAACCCCAUAGAUAUUGGAUCAGACUAUCUCCCGGGGUAUGGGGAAUACGUCCCACUCGAAGACUACUGGAAUACCUCGUCGGAAGUUAUCUACAACAUCACUUCAAUCGCAAAUGAGUCUCCUACCUGGACACAGCUUGAUGUUGUCGAGUGCAAAAGCGAAUACGAAGGCUGUAAUCAGAGGAAGAACUACGGCGAUGUGGUCAUUAUCGUCGAAGGUAGCCCCAGCAACCCGGCGGGUUGGACGAGAAAUCAGGUGUACCAUCCUAACUCGUCGAGUAACCUGUCAUCUCAGUGGGACAGGCAUAUCCCUCCUGAAAGUAUAAAUUCACUGUAUGGUAGUGAGUGUGGAAACACAUGUUUCUCAGUACUUGGAAUACAAUUAAGGGAAAUCUUCUUCCCUCCGGAGCUAUCUCAAACAAAUUGGACUUUGAAUCUUAUCCCAUCCAUACUGAAUAUAACGACAGAAGGACGUUCAUUAGGAUAUAAUGACGAGUUCAGCAGAAGCCUCAUUGUCCGGUCCUGCCUAGCUAAACGAUUCAGCGAAGAAUGCAAGGUUGGCUUAUCAAACUCUUUAUUGCUUAUCGUAAUAAUAUGCGUCGUUAUUAAAGCGAUAACAUGCAAUUUAACCAUCUGGAAGUUUCCAGUUGCGUCUCUUGUCACUUUGGGGGAUGCAAUCCAAUCUUUCGUCACUAUUCCGGAUCCGACGACUAAAGGCCUGGGGAGCCUCGAUAUCGACGAUAGCCAAAGGUUUCAGCGUACAAUGCAAUUUGGACGGCGUAUAAAAUGGACGCCUCAUGAUGACCCCGAACUAACGCCUAAUAUACGUCCACGAAAAUGGGAGAGGAAAACAUAUCGACUCAUGUCCGCCGUGGCAAGAACUGCAUGGGUCAGGGCAUAUGCCCCUUUUCUCACAGCAAUGGCUUUGCUAUCUGCUGCGCUUAGUUGCGCAGCCAUUUCAAGUCAGGGGAACUUCAGCAUAGCGACCUUCAAUCGAGUAGAGACUAAUGUAACUAAUAUGGGAGGAUCGAAUCUAGGAUACAUUGGUGCACUUCUCUUCGCCAACACGCCACAACUCUUACUGUCUUUCUGCUACUUUAACUAUAACUCGCUAGUGACGCGUUUCUGUAUUGAGCGAGAAUGGAAUUCGUUAGGCUUGUCUUACAAGCCUCUUCGUGUCUCGUAUCCUAUCGGCGAGCAAAUCUCUAGUUAUCGCCUGGAGCUGCCCUAUAAAUAUAGUAUACCACUAACCGGCAUCAGUAUUAUUCUGCAUUGGCUCUUAUCCAAUGCAGUAUAUUUAUUCGUUUUUGAUGGCGGUUAUAUUGGAUGGAAUUCUGGCCUUGCUAAUUUGAAUGACCAAUUUCGAGUUUCAAAUGAAUCACUAAUUUCACUUGGCUAUUCGCCAUCCGCCUUGUUGAUCUUUUCGAUUCUCUGUUUCAUUGCGCUUUGUUUGCCGAUUCUUUUCGGGUUCUACAAGCUUAAGGGCGAUAUAGUUGCUGGAGGCUCGAACUCACUAGUAUUGUCUGCAUGUCAUGUAUACAGGCAACCAUCCGACGGGGUCCAGGCGAACAAGCGCCACGCGAGGAACAUAGUAAGUAAAUACAUACUAACCAUGGCGGUAAAGGUAUUAUGUUUAACACCGAUAUGCAGACACUUUAGAUCCGUACUGCUACGUUGGGGAGCAACUCCAAUACCAGAGGAGCUGGCCAAGCUCGUUGUAAUCGAGGAUGGGGUAUGUGUACAACAUUUAGGAUUUGGGGGGCAGGAAUACGAUAUUCGCGAACCCGAAGAUGGCCACUACUAUGUGUGA